AUGAUCCGCGCCAUCCUGUUGGAAUGUACGGAGCUGCCUCCAUAUGCCGACGCCUUGCGCUACCACACCGGGCUGCCGGUCUGGGACGCCAUCACGGCGGCUGACUUCUAUGUCUCAGCCUUUCAAGACAACCCUCGCUUCGGCAUCUCUGACUGGCAACAGGAAUGGGAUGGGGAACAAGAACAUUACGAACUCGGCACACACCUCACCAAGGCGAGUCAUGUUCCUUUGUCAAAUGCAUACCAAAUCAAUCUGGUGUCAACGAGUCUGACCCAAGAAUCGGGAGCACCCGCCACGGAAAUGGCACCUGCAGCAACUGCAACUGAGCAGAGCUGGCAGUCCAAGGUCAUUCGUUUGGACUACAACUACCCUCCUGCACCGGGUGACAUCGAUUUCCCUGGCAGCUAUGACUACGAUGUGCUGUUCCGUGUGGUUCCAGGCUUCACCUUCGCCAUGGCGCAGUCCGGCAAACUCAGUGAGGCCGUGGAGCAGGAGUUCAUCGACGCCGUGCGCUGGCUGGAGCGGAAAGGCGUCAGUGGCAUCACCGGUGACUGUGGCUUUAUGAUGGCUUUCCAGCCGUUGGCCAGUGCGAUUGCAUCGGUGCCCGUCUUUAUGAGUGCCAUGAUGCAGUGCCCUAUGAUUUCCAUUGCUUUCGAUAAAUAUGACAAGAUUCUGAUUCUCACAGCAAAUGGCGACAGUUUGAAGCCUCAGAAGGAGACCUUGCUGAAACAGUGUGGCUUCAACGUGGAUGAUCGGCGCUUCAUGUGGGCCGUGGCAGGGGAUAUGGCGGGGAUGGGGGACGCAGAGACGAGUUGUCAAGAACUGAUUGUGGGUUGCCAAGACGUGCCCGGAUUCGAUGCCGUGGCCAAGGGUGAGAAGGUGCGGAUGCAGAAAUUCUGGUGGAAAAGUAGGGCCAUGAAUGCCACGAACUCUGCACAGGUGGAUGUGGAAUACGUCACUCCGGGUAUUGUCUACAUGGCUCGGAAGCACAGAGGGCUGCAUGGCUACUUGUACCGUGUAUGCCUGGAGUGCACUGAGCUGCCGCCCUACGCCGAUGCCCUGCGCUCCGAGACGAAGCUGCCGGUCUUCGACGCCAUCACCAACGCGGACUGCCGCGGCGGUGGCCGGGGCCGGGGGGCAAUGGUUGAGAAAAGCUCGGGAAAAGCCAUGGAUUUUCUCCCAUGGAAGCUCCAAAUCCGAUGGAAAUUCCUGGAUUUUCUGCAAGGCAAACAUGCAAAUCUUCAAAAGAUACCAGAAAAUAGCGACGUUUUUUCCAUUUUUUCCCAACGCAUGUGA